UUGUUUCUUCCUCCACCGGAACUUUUGUGCCGGGCCGCGGCGGCGAGAGGGGCGGUGUUCCGCGUUGCUCUCCGCGGAUGUGGGCCGACAGGAGCGGGAUGGCGGCGGGGCACCUGCAGCAGCUGUGGUGGGGUGCGGCGGGACUGGGGCUGUCCCGAUGGGCGCUGGUGGGGCGCUUCGCCGCCCUGCGGCCUCUGGGCCUGCUGCUGCCCCCGCAGCCUCGACUUCUGGCGGUCUCGGUUCGCGGGGCGGCGGGCGGCGGGGGCCUGGAGGCGAACCCCUUCUUCGCCAAGUACCAAGGCAAGAUCAACGAACUCCGCAGAUCCAAUCCAGAAAUUUUUGAAUCCCGACUGGAUCAAAGGAACGAAGUGAAAAAGCAGCCGGUGGGAGAUUCGAAGCAAGCAGAGUUUAUCAGACUGAUGGAGGAAAAGUUCAGAGAAUCACUUCAUGGGUUCACAAAAAAUAAGACACUUGAUUCUAUCCUUAAUGUGGAGAUGAUGAAACGGAAGAAGCCCGAAGAAAUAAAACAGAUAUGGAAGCAGUAUUAUUCUGGAGAAGACACAGUUUAUGCAGUUAUUCCUGGAAAGACUUUUGAUCUGAUAUGGAGGCGAGUUCAGGACUGCCCAUCUUUUCUAUAUCCACUGCCAAGAAAGGAGGGCUAUGAAUUUUUUGUGGGACAUUGGUCAGGACCAGAACUCCACUUCACUUCUCUGAUAAACAUUCAGUCUCGAGGAGAAUCUUCACCCACCCAGUUGGUCCUGUAUCAUUAUCCUGAGCUACAAGAGGAAAAGGGCAUUGUACUGAUGACAGGUGAAAUAGAUCCUAGAUUUUUGACUGUCACAGAAGCCCAGUGCCUAGCCAGCCAGGUGCAGCUUUUUUAUGCCACGGACCGUGAAGAGACCUACCGUUUAGUGGAAGAGUUUAACCACCGGCCAAAUGAGUUUAAGUACAUGUCUGUAAUAGGUGAGCUUGAACAGAGCAGGCUGGGGGAAGAACUCAGGCCUCAGCAGGACCCGCCAUCGUCCACUGCUUGAGUGGUGGGAGAAGCCUUGAAGAGACAUGACGGGUAUCGGAAGCACUCUUGCCUUGAGUUCUGGAGCUGCUGCUUCCAACUGAAAUAAUCUUGAUGGGAAAGGGGUGAUAUUGACAUCUGAUGGGGAGAAGAAUAUCUUACAAAGUGACCUACACAUCUGGGAGCGUGGAGGUACUUGUACAGCCUUUGUUUCUGGCUGGUAAGAGAAAGAAGGAAAGCAUAACCUUGAUAUCCACCUGGUGAUGUUUGGCAUUUGAUUCCCCCCCC